AUGGUGUUCCUCCUGGAUGUCGACUUUCAGGGUUCUCUGGAAAUUUCUGCGCCAGUGGGCUUCGAGUGGCUGUCUUCUUUGGUGCAGAAGCAACCGGGAGCACCUUACAAUGAGACGUACACCUUCCAGAACUUACCAGAGGUCAGUUCCAGCUCGCAAGGAGCAAUGCUGCGCUUUUUGGAAACGACAUUCCUCAAGAACGUCCGCUACGGCUUCGAGGCUCCUAUUUACGUGCCUGACGUUGGCCCCGUCACAAGCUUGUCGGCGUUUUACAUCAGCCUUUUAGUCGCAGAUCCUCUCGGUCCUGCGCUUCCAGAAGGCAUAAGCUCCGUCGUGUUCGCGGAUCCCGUCCGGGCAAUCGUAGACUCGAUGGCGAGGUCCUCCAACAAACUGCCGGGAACGACUGCUGAGCUGAUGCUGAAGCUUCGCAUCGCCACGAUGGUGGAGAUGCCUUCAGUGCUUGAGAUCACGAUGCCUCCGGGAUACUCUCCCCUCCCAGGUGGGCAGUGUGGCAAAAGGCCUUGGCCUGGCCAACUGGAAUUCAGUGACACAAGCCCGAUCGGCUUGUCAACAUGCAGCUUCGAGCGCGACGUCGCAGCCAUCACUUACGAGCAGAAGGAGUACGAUGUCUUCCGCAUCCGGAUCACGCCGAUGGAUUCGUUUCCACUGAUGCCGGGGCUCGUUCAGUUUCGCAUCGAUAUAAUUAACCCUCCGGGAGAGCUGUCAUCUUUCUACAUCGAGAACGAGCCUGCGCCCGGGGAUCGAAUUUGCGGCCCUGCCUGUUGGAGAUUCCAGACUCAGAUGUCGACAGGGGAAUUGAUCGACGCGCCUCAGACAGUGGCCUCGGAACCGCCACCCUUUGAGAUGGCCUUGGGUGGGAUCAUGCAGAUAUGGCCGCCCGGGCGGAAUGAUCGGCCAAACAAGAACAGCAGGCUUAUUUUCCACUUCAGCCUUGGCACAGCUGGCCCAUACCGUGCAGGGGACAUGAUGCCUGCCGGCGAGCUUGAGCUUGUUGGACCACCUGGCACGAUAAUUCCGACGCGCUGCUAUCAUCUGGUAGAGACUCGGGUCGUGAACCUUUUCGGGAGUGUUUUCAACGCGACACAGCUGGGGGUGAAUGUCUGGGACCCCAACUCUCCAGUCACCGGCUGCGAGGGCAACGGCGAGACAGCCCUGAUCUCCUUGUCUCCUGGUCUGGUCGCCUCCUAUGUCUACGCGUUCCGCAUCGACAUCGUGAAUCCGGGCAUCCAGACGGCUUCCAACUUCUGGACCAUGACGCUCCUGGACCACUUUGCACAGCCAAUACCUUCAUUCAAUCUCUGGGCCUUCCCUGAGAUUUCCGUAUCGAGCCUGGCUCGAAACUCUCGUCCCAGCUGCUACCAGGGUGACUGCGUCGGGGCCGGGGCAGGGGUGGCCAUCCCCGUUCAGCUAACCCUCCGGACGCAGAAUGUCGUGUCGACAAGCGGGCAAAUGAUUAUCACUGCGCCUCUGGAAUUUGGCUUCGACCCAGUUGCAAACGCACCUCUAAUCGAGGGAGACAAGCAGACUCCUUGCUUGAUUCGCGAGUACGAAAACCACAACAUGUCGGCGCUCCCCUACACCUGGCGGAUGGCAGAGCGGGACUGCGUGAUUGUGGAUCGAGGUAAUCCACUUGAUGGCACGGGGACCGGAGAUACUCGCACAGUCCGCAUCAUCGUUCGCUAUCAAUUCAACCCGGCUGAUCUCAGACCACCCAAGGCAUUUCGCCCGAAUGCAACCUUCGUCAUUUACUUCUGGAUCCAUCCUCCAAUGACAUUUCGUCCAGCAGAGGCCUGGAUGCUUGAAAGCUUCAGCCCGACCGGGGAAGAGCUGGAUAUUGGCAGCGCGAUGGGCUGGGAGGUAAGACGGGUGAUGACCCUGUUCGAGCACAGUAACACCGGGGGCAUCAACCAGUUUACGCAGACCAUUGCUCCUGCAGUGACUGCUGGAAAUGCUUUGGUUCCCAACUUUGCCAGAGUCCUACUGCGUUGA